GCGGCGGCGCGGCGACGCGCUGCGCUCUUGAAAUUUCGCUUUCGUUCACUCGCGGUUAUUAGUCGGCCGCGCGCGCUCCUGUAAGCAUGUGUUUCGCGUGACGCGCUCCUACUUUCCGUGGCACGUUCGAUUUCGUCGGCGAGUGCAGCAUGGCCCCGCGUCGGCAGGGCGCCACUGGCGAGCGCGACGCAGAGGACUACUCGCAGGGCUGCUGCGUGCCCGGCGAGUGCCUGCGCCCGCGCGACCUCGUCCGCGCCGAGGAUGCCGUGCGCGUGCUGUGCAACAACGACACUUGCACCGUCGGCCGGUAUAUGCACAGAGAAUGUUUCGAGCAAUGGGAGACCGGCGUGCUCGCCUAUCUCAAGUCAUGCGGCCGAGCACGCUCGUGGUCUGAACGCCAGCGCCACCAGAAUCUGUGGACGAAGAAAGCUUACGAUUUGGCGUUCAAGGCCUGCGGCUGCAGAUGUGGUCGUGGACACUUGAAGAAAGACUUAGAUUGGGCUCCGCCGGGUGCGGUCAUCAGAGCUGACGAGGAGAAGAAGAGGCGCAGGCGAGCGCGCUCGGGACGGACGCCGGCGACCAACGACGUGCGCUCCAGGGCCUUCAGCCUCUCCAGCUCGGGCUCCUGCUCUCCGCCCUCCGCGCCGUCCGAGCCUUCCACUAGCCCUACCCACGCCGUGCCUCAGCCCUUUACUCCGGCGAAGAGGAACUCCAAAACAGAAAUCGUUUCCGAUAGAGUCAGAGCCGGCGCUGGCGCAAACGGCAUAUUCUCCAGGCGACUCGAUUUCUCAACCUUCAAUCUUUUGCCGAAGCAUAAAGUCAACUCUUAUCAAAUUAAGAUCGAGGACGAAGGCAACCAUGGCAACGAUGACACUCGUCUGUUCAUUCUCUCGACGCUGGCAGGACAGCACCGGCCACGCGUUUCGUGCGCACUAUGCAAGGAAACUCUGGAUGUCUUCGACCGCUACCCACUUGUUGAUGGCACCUUCUUCCUGAGCCCGCGACAACAUACGAGUAGCGCCGUUGAGGUGAAAGUGGAGGGUCGUACGCAAUACCUGACGUGCGUGUGCAUGGGCUGCCUAGAGCGCUGCGAUCCCGAGCGCACCAUACGCUGCCGCUUCUGCGGACAGAAAUGGGACGGCUCAUCUCUCGUGCUAGGCACCAUGUACUCGUACGACAUCUUCAUGGCGACCCCAUGUUGCGCUGAGCGACUGAAGUGCAAUACGUGCUACAAGCCAUUGCUGCACCCGCACCAGCGCCUCAACUACUCCGAUUACUCGCACCCGGUGACAUGCCCGCACUGCCGCGUGCUCGACGCGCACUUCGUCAAGCCGCUCGGUUACUGCUUCACAAAACGGGCUUUCCCGCUCUUCCAGCAGUGGCCAUAACAGACGGCGGUGCCGGGGGC